CAGCACGUUAGCUUUGACCACUUCAUAUCAGCCCAUGUUGCUAUAGCUUUUGGUAGAUGCUCCACCACUCGCAUCAAGUACUGAGUCGGGCAAGCAAUUCUGUGCCUGCGUGCUCUUCAGCGGCGCCUAUUCCUAUGAAAGCGGCGAGCACUCGCCAGCUCGCUAGCAUGAACCGACUGGGUCUUGGCCGAGCGCUAGGGGAGUGGAGGAAUGCUGGUGCCCGCUCGCUGGGCGGCAGGACAUCCUCGAUGGGGUCACACGCCUCGUACGGCACCGCCCCAUCUUCGUCCGUACGACAGCAGCAGCACCCCCACCCCCACCAGCAGCCAGCUCGGCCCCCCCGGGUGGUGGUGCUGGGCGGGGGUUUCGGAGGGCUGUAUGCGGCAGUGCGAUUGGGGCAGCUGAUGUGGCCGCGGGGGAGGAAGCCGCAGGUCACCCUCAUUGAUCAGUCCGAGCGGUUCGUGUUCAAGCCGCUGCUGUACGAGCUGCUGGCCGGCGGGGCGGGGCUGGCGGAGGUGGCGCCCACCUUCAACCAGCUGCUGGGAGGGGGCGGCAGCGGGGUGGAGUUUGUGCAGGCUCAAGUCACGGGCGUCCAUCCAGCGGACCCAGCAGACGGCUCCAACACCGACAACGAGGCGUACGACGAGGCAGGAACCGCAACCGCUUUCUCAACCGACACGGCAACCGCCGCCGGCCACGUGUCGUUGUCGGACGGCAGUUGGUUGCCGUACGACUACCUUGUCGUGGCGCUGGGGUCGCAGCCGGACUGCCGGGGGGUGCCCGGGGUACGGCAGUGGUCGGUGCCGUUCGCCAGCUGGGAGGAUGCGUUGAGGGUCCGCGGUGCAGUGGACCUUCUGAUCGACAGCGGCUCCGGGGGCCGGGUGGUGGUGGUGGGCGGCGGCUACGCGGGGGUGGAGCUGGCGGCGGUGCUGGCGGAGAGGGU